AUGAUGCCUGUUACCACAUUUGUUAAUUCAACUACUCCGGUAAGUACAACCUCAUCGGCAGGUGGAACAACGACGGCAAUGACGACAGCUGUCCAAAGUGGACCGUACACGAAAGCACAAUUUUUGAAUACCAUGGAAGGCUCAAGAAGUGUGAAAAGUAUCAAAGAAAUCGAACAAUUACUUCGUGAUUAUCCCGCGGCCUUAGAGCUUUAUCGAACAAAGAAAUAUAAAGUCAAAGUCAAGUACGAAGCCGAUGUCGAACGUGUUAUUCUGGUAGAAAAACGAUCAAGCAAGAAUGCAUCAAAUCAUGCGAGCAAAACCAAUGACGUGCAACAAAGCAAACAAUCGACACAAGAUACAUCAACUGAUGUAAAACAAAUUAACGAAGAGGUGAAAAAAACGAAAGACUCUCAAGAUGUACGCAGUCGUACUCACUCGAAAGAACGAGUUCCAUCUCUCGUCAAAACAACAUCUACGGUCGAAAAUACCGAAGCAGCUCAGAUCUCGAAUGCAGGCUCUUCAAAUCAACUGACAAACAAUGGUCAAUCGAAAGCUGAUCAAAGUCAACGAUUGUCGAAAGAACGCGAUCUGUUAACGACAUCUCAAUCAAAACAAGAUCAACAGAGUUUCAGUCGUGGUGAAAAAUCUCAUGACAGUCGAUCGGUUACAUCGCGUACGAAACACAAAGGAAAACGACACAGCCGAGAUUAUCCAACUGCACUUGUGCCUUACGUACCGAAUGCUAAUGUCAACGCAAAUACGUGGCAACAAUCACGUGCUCUACAGCCAUAUUAUAAUCAUAAUAACAAUAAUUCAUUGUAUCAACAUCAACAGCAAUAUCCAUCGAACUAUUAUAUGCCACCAGCAAUCAUACCACAACAGAAUCCAAUGUAUCCACAGCAAUACUAUUACCCUCCUCAAGGACCGUAUCCGAUCACUCCUUAUCAACAUCAACCACAUUAUCCUUCAACGAUACAGUCAAAAUCUGCAGGACAUGCUGUGACACCGAAUGUUCGUUCACCACGUAGCUAUCAAUCAUCGUCUCGAAAUGGAUAUCAACAACAUCAAGGUGCAAAUCUCCCGCAAGCUUUCCAUACAUACCAUCCAGCACAACCAUACUAUCCAAAUCCGCAAGCUGCUUUAUAUCCAACACAAUUACAAUAUCCUAUGCAGCCAGCAUGGCCAGCACCCCAAAACGUACCAUCCUACCCAGUUGUUAAUACUAAUUACAAUGUUCCCUAUGUUGAAAGUCGACGAAAUUCGAAGCAUCGUGCUCAAAGUGUUGACACAGGUCCUCGUGGUGUUCCACUCGUUUCAAAUUAUGCUCAACCACCACAACAACAGCAGUCUGCCGGUGCAGUAGUUGAACAACAGUAUUAUCAUCAACAUCGCCAUCACCAACAUCACCAUCAUCGGCCUUCCAAUCCACCUGAUGGGCAAGUCAAUAUUGUUGCCCCACCUGUUGAAAUUGCCAAACCACUAAGUGUUCCACAAACCGCUGCACCCGCAGCACCGGCAGCACCAGCAGCACCAGCAGUAGUAGUCAAUCAAGAUAACAGUGGUGAAAAAUUAACUAUUCGGCAGCUUAAUGAAAUGUUUGUUCAAGUGGAUCCGUCAGGUCGGCUAGCUUAUCAAGCCGUACCUCCCGUCUUACAACGUUUCGGUAUGAACAUCGGAGAAAAUGAUUUGAUUUCCGCUGCACAAGAUUUGAAAUACAAUGUUGGCGAACCCAUCUCAGCUCGACGUUUGGUACAUGUUUUAGUUAAGCUAGGCAAAAUAGCCAAAUCAACAAAUCAACCUAGACCAGCACAACCGCAGUCGCAGGCGCCCAUUAGCUCUCCUCCAAUGUUACCUGAGGAUCGCGAGGUAACCGACAUUUUGAAUCAACGUCGAGCGUCAGGCAUGCAAUCUACUCACAUUCAUUCAUCUGUAUAUCCUAAUUAUUGGUAUUGA